CAGCACAUGCGGUCGGUGUCUAGCCUUGCUAAAUAGCUUGAGGCGGCCCUGAGGCUGUCUUUUCGGGUUUUUAUUCAGAUCGUCCAGUCCUGACGCUAUCUGGAUGAACGAUUCGCGAAGACAAGGUUUUCUUUGCUUAAAGCCUCACUGAUAUUAACGGCCGUACAUCACUCUAAAGACCGCGACGAGAUGACACCCACGCUUCCAUUGGUCUUACCCCUCCUCCUCUCAACCCUCGCCACCAUCGCCGCGUUUCCGCUUCCCAUUGAACCACGAGCACUAUCGAAACGCAGUCCCUCCUCCCACGACGUCGGCGUUGGCUUCGCAAUCACCAUAUCCAUCAUAAUCUUCGCCGCCAUCGUCUUCUACCUCGGCGUCCGCCGCGGCCAAACCGGGACAUAUUUCUGCUGGAGAAACCCACCCGCAGUACCCCUCCGAAGCCCGACCUCGCUUUCAGAGAAAAUCUCCAUCGUCGACCCGCACCAAUUCAAGUCAAGAAUCUCAUGCCCCGUGCCCAUCCACAGCUCCGCGCUGCCCGAGCUCUCGCCUGUGGACGUCCAGCCCGCGCCCAGAUUCCUCGAACUCUCGUCCGAGCCAAAGGCUAUCUACGAAAUGGGCCAACCCUCCCCGCGGCAUACUAAGCGCCCCAGCGCAGACAGAAAAAGCCACUUCGACCGGUGCAGCAGAAGCAGGAGUUCCUCCUCCUCCGCUAAGCGAUACACCACCGCAAGCCGUAAGAGCCAGUCUCCCAAGCGGCAUACUACAGCGAGUCGGAAGAGCCAAUCUCCCAAAUGCCACACCAUGGCUAGUCGGAAAAGCCGCGGCGCUGAUCGGAAGAGCUUGUUCGACCGCAAGAGCUGGUUCUGCAAGAGCGCGAUGGAGGUGGAAAGCGAGGCCAGGGAGAAGAGUCCGCUUGAUGAGGACGAGCGGGGCGUGGAUCCGCCGUCGUAUCCGGGCUCUGUCAUGCUGAGGCCGGAGACGGAGGCGGAGAGGGGCGAGAUGGAUUGGAGCGGGAUGGAGUGGUUGAGGAGGGUGUAUGUGGGGAGGAAGUCGAUGAAGAGUGUGUAUCGGUCGGAGGUAUGAUUUAGCCCCAAAAAGAAACGGGGCCUAGAGGAGUUCAGGUGCGCGGUAUGUGAGCUUCGGCAGCGGAUAGGAAACUUGCGAGACUGACUGACAUGGCAGCGUUACUCGAAGACACUCUUUGCGCGCUCGCUUCGCAGUGAUACGAUGCGCCGGUGUCGCAUCGCUGCCACUGUACUUCUCCCUCCGAUACCACUGGGGGCUCCAGUCACGCUUGCGAGCUUUCUUUCACCGUGUAAAUUUUCCUUUCUAUCUUGUCUAUUCUUGUACAGUACUAUAUUCGAUACCCUUCACGAAUUACCCCACGGCCUUCUUGUUAUAUAGACCUAUCUUAUGUAUAACACCCCCGCCUAUUCCAAGAUUCUCUCUACACACCAUGCCGUAUAGUAGCUUCAUAGUCCUUUCUCCCAUCGCUUCCGUCUGUGUUCUCGUUCCGUCU